GUAAUGGAAAGAGAUUUUCCAAAAGGCUUGCUGAGAAAAGAAAGCAAAAACAAGUACCCAUUCCACCUCCUCCUCCACCACCACUACCACCACCUCCUGUUACACCACUGAAGCAGUCAAAAGAAAAGGAUACASAAGACAUUGAAAAUAUACAACCUGGUAAAAGAAAAGGCUACAGUUCUGUCAGUGAAAAGAUCCAAACUGCAAGCUCUGCACAAGUGGAAUCUCCAGAUCUGAAGAGCAUCAAUGACAAGCUCUUUGCAUCCAUGAAAAAUGUUUCUGGAAGAGGUCAGACAAGAAAACAGUCUUCAAGUCCACCAAUUGACAAUGACACAAGAUUAAUAGAUGCAGAAAUACAAGCAAGUAAGCUGAAGAGCAUGAAGAAAAGUCUUCCAAAGAACUUACCCAGAGCCAGCCUUCAAAACAACUUGAAUGAUGAGAUAAUAAAUGCAAGAAAAAAGCUAAAGUGCAUCUAUCCUCAAGGYUCACGUAAUAGCAUGACCACGCCUUACCAAUACAGCAAGCAGCAAAGAGAAACCAAAAGAACUCCAGACGAGUAUCCAAUGUUCAAUGUGGCUCUUGUUUACAAGUUUAGAAAUGCCAGAAGUCCCUGUGUCAGCCCAAGCRGAUGUUUUAACGAUUCGUCUAGUUUUUGUAAUGAUAGCCCUGCAUGACCGAAACAGAGGUGACCGUUAUCACUGUUUUUAUUUCAGCGGGGUAUUUUWAAAUGAGUUACAGUAAAACAAUAUAGUCAAACGUCUGUUAAGGGACAUUUAGAAAUUUGACCUGCAACCUAUAUGGUAUAUGCCGAGACAAUGGGUAUAAAAUUUAGAAGUUUGACCUGAAAUCGCAUUUGGGGUACAUUUAAAUAGGCAUAGGGAACACRUAACUCAACCAGUUUCCCAUUACGGCAAGAGUUAUAAUAGUUUAAGACAGUACAAAUAAAAUAGAGGGUAGUAAAGAAAAUAACGAAAAGACUUCAAAAUAGCCCAACACGAGGCAUAGGCCAAAGCUAAGAGGUCUAAUCGUCUUUGGCAGUCCAUAACUACCCUGGGUGCCAGAGGUUCCUUGUCCUUCCCAUUUCUAUUUGUCUUUUUCGCUUGACCCUUGUCGCUUCGCGACUCAACUCAAAGUCCCUCUGAAAUCCAGGGUGGUCUAUAACAGGCUGUUUAGAAAGCGCGAGGCAGAAGCCAGGGCAAAGUUAGAAAAAAAGUUAGUUGGCUAUCACAAUAGAGCUAAAGUAGCGAAGCCGUCAGUUAGACUGUGAUAGUGCGGUAGUUAGUUUGGACUAGGCCUGGGUAGAGUAACCGUUACCGUGACAGUUACUACCGAAAUCACUYGACUGUUAGCACCGCCAAAAUAACAAUCGAUCGCAAGUUCGAUCGGAGAUGUCAAAAUGAUCACGUGACAUUAGUUUUCUAUUGUUUGAAUGUCACAUGACCUCCACGUGACCACUGAAGCGCUCCAAAUGGUCACAUGAGUUAACCAAAAUUUAAACCGCGAUCAAUUGAUUGGAGGUGCGAACAGUUUAGUGAUUUCGGUAGAACUACCUAUAAUUGAAAAUAAAUUCUUGAUCUUUUUUAAAACUA